AUGGCUGUGUCAUCCAAGCCUACCACAGCAGAGCCAGUUCCGACUAAAGCAGUCACAGCUAAACCAACAACAGAGGCAACCACGAGCAAACCAGUUACAACUCAGCCAAUAACAGCUGUAUCAACAGCUAAGCCAACUAAAGCAAAUAAAACCAUAAGUAAGGAAUUAUUUAUUUCACCAUGCACAGAAAAGCGAUUUUCAUUUUCUUCAACGAGCAAACCCACUUCCUCCAUACCAGUAAUAUGCAGCUAUACACGAAUGAAUCCAUGCUGAAAUUUACGCAUACGCGACGGAAAAGUUAGUAGCGAAUUAGAAAAUACCCUUGUCAUUGCUAAUCAAUCUCAGAUGGAAUCUUCUGUCAAUUUAAAUACCUCUAGGUAAUGUAACAUUAAAAUCACCAUAAGAUCCUCUUUGACAAAGAAGCCAAAUUAUCUACCUCAUACAAAUAUACCAAACAACAUAUUUAGUCACGUUCUGAAUUUCGGAAGAAUUCAGACUCAAGGAAUAGGUCAAAUGUCCAUCUUAUAUGUAAAAGCUAUGAGGAAAUCAAACCCUUUAGGGCAUGUGCUCUAUAUUAACAUGAACUUGUCUCCAUAUUUCAGAUUGUAAAAAACCCUUGGACAUUGCCUUUGUUGUCGACGCUUCUGGGAGCAUCGGAAACAAAUCUUUUCAGCUCGUUAAGUCAUUCUUGAGAGAAUUCACACACUAUUUCAACGUUUCCACGAACGGUACUCAUUUCGCUUGCCUCCACUACGAUCAUCAUGUUUACAUGGAUUUCACCUUUAACGACACAAUAUACCACAACUCAUCUGUCCUUGAUAUGAAACUUGACAGCAUGCCGUACCCCUCAGGAGCCACCCGUUCUGACCAAGCUUUAUGGGGUGCCUAUUGGUUAUACAGGCCAAAUAAUGGUGCUCGUGACUACCACGACAUACCUCGGUGUGUUUUAGUGCUGACUGAUGGCAAGACUUUCGGCGGCAUGGAUUACUUGAAGCCACCUGUUGCUGCUCUAAAGGUAUUUUUAGAAGGAAGGGGGGAGGGCUGUCCGUAGGUGCAUAAGGCCUCACCUCUGGUUUGAAGAGCGAUGAGAUAGGAAAGCAUCCAGGUAAACUCGGAAAUUCCAAUUGACCAAGUUUGUUCCUCCCCCCUUAUUUUGUUGAAGACUCCCUUCUAUAGCCUUACGCUAAAGUGAGCCCCCCCCUGAAUUUACCGAUAAGGUCUAACAACCUAAAGGGUCAGUUUAUUUAUUACUUUAUUUGAAAUAUUUAGACAGCCUGGCCCAGAUCAGCUUCAAAGGGGGCCUGUAUAAAAAAUAACAAGGCCAGACCGUAACACCAGGAGCUACACGCCCUACUCUUUGCGAGAAGUAUGUGGGUUCUUUAACGUGCCCUUCUAACCAGUACAGAGAAGAUACAGGAGACGGAGCCUACGGUCUAUCAUCCUAAUCCUAAAGGACUAGAAAGUGUAACCAUUUGCGGAUGUCAUCGAAAGGAGAGCACAUUUUCUUUAGUUAAAUACCCUGAGGGUUGGUCCAGUCUGGAGCUAGAACCCUCAGCUUCGGGUAGGGUAGUCUGUUGCUCUACAACGUGAGAGAACCAAGCGCACACUCAUCUACCGACCUCACGACCUUCUUGAAAGAAAUCACUUUGUAACGGAGUGUAGCGUAGUUAAUAAGGAUUUUUUCCUGCCUUAUUAACGUCAACCUUAAUGCUUUUUACCAGAAAUCAUCCUACGCAAAAAUUGUUGCAGUCGGUAUUGGUUGGGAAGUGGAUUUGGUAGAACUUAUAAUUAUGGCUGGGGAAGACCAUUACGUAUUUGUGGACAGAUUUGAAAAUCUCGCUGACCAUAUUCGAGAAGUGCUGGGCAAAGUGUGCGAUUAG